GCAGGUGGUGUUGGCUUUACCCGCGGACAUCUACUAUGACAUUGGGUUUGGAAAUCAUGGAGGAUAUCGUUAUCGACGUAGUAGGGGAAGGACUCAAAGAUAACGGAGAGGAGCAACUUUUACCUUCGGAUGAGUCGCGGAGUGAGCAGGACGGCGUCACGGAGACUUUCAGCAGCCAGAGUAAAGGCCGGGACACCUACAGCCCUGCACGGGCGAGUGCUCCUCCUGCUAAAACCAAAGGUCCAACGUCGGUUAAGCCUCCAUAUUCAUACAUCGCUCUUAUCACGAUGGCCAUACUGCAGAGUCCAAAGAAACGGCUCACCCUCAGCGAGAUCUGUGACUUUAUCAGUCACCGCUUCGUUUAUUACAGGGAGAAGUUCCCCGCCUGGCAGAACUCUAUCAGACACAAUCUGUCCCUUAAUGACUGCUUUGUAAAGAUGCCUCGAGAGCCCGGAAACCCCGGGAAAGGCAACUACUGGACUCUGGAUCCCAACUCCUCAGACAUGUUUGAGAACGGGAGUUUUCUGCGGCGGAGGAAGCGCUUCAAGCGGCAGUAUUUUCGAUUCGACCCGCUCAAGGAGCAGCACCUGGAGCCAAGCGGACUGCAUGGCUUCCCGCACGGUGCCUACGGGCUCGGCGCAGCGGCUCUGCAGCUGCCCAGUCUGGAGAUUUACCCCUACCUCCAUCACCAUGCGCCCUCGCCGUGCGGCCCCGCCACCAUCCCACCUGUCAGCAGCAUCCUGCCGGCACUGUCCAGUUUCUUCUCCUGUAGCGCCCUCACAGCCAAAGCUUUCCUCCAGUCGCAGCCCGGCAUCGAAGCCUUCUCGCCGGCCCAAUGCACAGCAUACUCCUCUCCUCUGACCUCCGGCGCUUCCUACGCCUCCCCUGCGCUCUUCCACCCGGCGGCAGCUCCGCACUUCCUCAGUUUACACCAGGAGUAUCAAAAACUACAGACUCAGCGUGGCACCGUCGACCUGGCCAAACACAUCAACACUGCUAAUAAUGAGUAA